CUCCCUAGUGCCGUCGAUUUAGUAUAGCGGUGCGCGCUUAACGCGAUGCUACUAUGCGGUGUAUUGCGUGCAGCAUUAUCCGCAUCUUUCAGCACCGUCGUGCAAAUCGCAAUUUUUUUACUGCAAAAUUCGGAUAUCUCGAGAGUGCUCGCGUCCAUGCCACCAGGAGCCGAAGACGAGAUUAUCCUGAUCGAGCACCUGCCAGGGCGGCGAGUGCAUCUCCAGGAUUUCUUCUGGACCGGUCUGGAAGACGCGCCACCAUGGGUGGAUCCAAAUCAGGGUUUAACUUUUUACGAGACAAGAACGAUCGUUCACACUGUCACGGUUUACACACCAACCGACGAGAAAGGUCCAAAGGAUCAUGCGGCACCUCAUCAUCCGGACGAUCACAAUCCGGAGUGCGUCAUGUGCAUAGAACCGACACCUAGACUGGAUGAUGAUGAAGAUCAGAGCAUCGGGGUCCUAAUCGGGGAGGACCCAGGUCCAAGGUACUGGCUAUUGACGGUUUUGCGGCCAGGUGAGGCCGUACCACCCAAAGUCGAGCUUCGUUUAGCGCGUCUAUAUCGAGCUGCAUUUUCCAGACAACAACAACGUCACCUCGGCUUGCUGUCAACCGAUCCGCGAUCCCGCAGAAACGCGUUGUCACAUGCCUAUGCAGGCCGAAGGAAUGUACCAGGACGUUUCGAAGCUUCGUCCCAAGCAGAAGUGUCUCAAGAAGAGAGUCCCGUGAACGCAACCGAAGCUCAACUGGCUCAAGCUGAACUGGCCGUCGGCAUUAUCGAAAGCUCUUCAGCUCGUGCGGAAAGCGAAGCGAGCGUUUCAAGUUUAACCAAAGACAGAACAUUCCUUCCGAACGAUACGCAGGUCAAGUCAAUGAAGAUGAUUGAAAUUCCGAGGCCGAAGAAGAUGUUACUUCCGACAUUUGACGUGACGGAUGAUUACGAAAAACCUACGAAGGAAGAUCACGCUUUGAAGAAAAUCAUAAAAACGUUGAAAGAGGACAUGAGACACUCAUCUUCGGAAGACGAAUCCACAAGCGUCGGGCCCGAAAUCGGCACGAGCAAACGUCCUGGCGGGCCAUUCCCGCGAGAAUCGACACAUCCAGUGCUUAUGAAUGCGUCCGAUUCCAAGUUAAACGUCGACGUUGUCGCGAAAAACCGACCGACGAGUUCGAGCGAGAGCGCGAGUACGGCUGUGCGCUCGAAGAUGCGCUUGGUGGACGGUUCGGUUCCGGGGAUUGUGAAGGUCAGGAUGCAAAAUACGAGUGUCAUCGAGGGCGGUGCGACGAGGCUGAUCUAUUCGGUUCAUCUGGACGGUAAGCCCGUUCCGGCGGAAACGGCCGCGAGGGACAUGGCGCUCAUCUCAUCUCAGGAAGUCGCCUUAGAACUUGGUGCGCCGGUGAUUAUUCAAAGCGAGCCCUAUUUGAAGGAGAGUCGACCUUUGGCCCUGUCGCGACAGAGAGACGCCUGGUUGCUGAUAGGCGCGGCCAGCGCGGGUGUCAUUCUAUUAAUCAUGGUGCUCACCGGUUUGAUCUUGGCUGCCAAGAGGAAAAGGGCGCACAGUGCUGUCGUCGCGCCACCAAACAGAAGUAUACUGAAGAAAGAACGCGAAUAUGUAACCGCGACUCCCGGUCUCGACAAUACCGCGUUCUCAACGUCGGAAACUGAGAUUAAGACCGACGGUACCAGUCAGCGGCAAACCCCGCGAACUUUGUCCAGAACUCCGAUCACGCCUGACACACCCGACAGUUUGGAGUUAGGCAUUCACGAAGUUUCCAGCGACAACGACGAGGAACCAAAGAAGGCUCGCGGCUCAAUCCCUUGGAGCGUUCAAGAACAUCCAAGUAAAAGAGCAAGAGUAUCGCAUGGAAGAAUGACGAGAACGAACGCGGUCGAUCAGCCCGGAACACCGGACUCAUUAGAUACAGUGGACGAUCACAUGGGAACAUUAGAGUCCUUGGAAAACGGCUACGUUAAACGGGAGGAAUCUACCGCUUCUCCGCGGUCUUAUCUGUCAAUGCCGUCGUGCAAGCAAUUCCCUAGCAUGAGAAGCGUCGAGCCACUAUCAAGGGUGCUGGAACCUGUCAUGGUCAGGCACUUAGACAUUGAUUCUCCAGAGUUAGUACGUCAUGAUAGGAGCGACAAUAUUGACGACACGUUCCUCGCGAGAACGUCCAGUGCCUCGAAAGAUCCCGGAGCCGUAGGACCGAUCGUUUGGAACCUCAGCAAGCGAUCGCUCUCCGCGGAAGGUAACGGUACGUCCGAAACGGAUAUCGAUGGAAUGUACAAUUUACCAUCGGGACCCGUGGGUCGCGCCAGGAGAAGACUCCAUGAACUCCUCGAGGACUCCUUCAGCCUUUUCGGUAGCAGAGACGCCAAGAUUAAAGAGCCGCAAUCGCAAACGUCGCAGCCACCGAGUGCCGUUGCGCGUACAGCAGACACACUCACGAUAUUCUCGGAGACGAGAGGCAAAUCCGCUCACGUCAGCCCAGUAGCAACGCCAACGAUGGAAAUGAAAACACGACCGCGUACGGGUUUGCCACGUAGAGGUCUCGAUGAGGAUAUCCCGGAGACGGGUCAGACCGGGCCGCUUCAUCCUCGCGGUGCUUGGGGUUCAAGGCCACUUAGUGCAGGACCGUUCCAUCGACCGGCCCUGCCAGAAGUGGACACCAGACGCAUAUUAACAGAAAGUAGACUUCCGCCGGAAGAUCCCGCGGUACCUUUAAUUGCGUCAAUCAAGAAAGAACUGGAGAAGUUCUCACCUCCAUAGGAUAUACGAGAACGCGAUAUCAGCCUAAAUCUCCG